AAACAUCAUUUGUUGAACACCGCACAGUUCAAUAGAACAGUCAGUCAGUCAAUUUUCUGUUUCUUUACUCUACUUCUAAUCCUCAACCCCAUCAACAACAUGAAGUUCGUCCUUGCCGUAGUCAUGUUGGCUCUCGCUGUUGGUGUCCAAUCGUCGUUGUUGGCUGCACAUGCUCCCGGAGUCUCGUAUGUUACAUCUGCCGUCCACCCAGCCGGACCUUUGGGAGGACCAUGGGGCGGACCCUGGGGUGGUCCAUGGGGUGGACCUUGGGGUGGUCAUGGUGCUGCCUGGGCUGCACCAGCUGCUGUUGAUGUCAGCGGUCAUGGUGCUUGGGGCUAUGGUCAUGGUGGAUGGGGUGGUUAUCCCGGUAUUUCAUUGAGCCAAGGACCCACUCAUGGUCAUGGAGUUUAUGUAGCCAAAACACGUGGCGCUGUUCACACUGCCCCCUUGGCUGGUCACGUUAAUUCAGCCACAUCCGUAAACGUUGCCCCUGCUCCUGGUACACAUUAAGUUCACUAUCCCACCAAGAAUUUAUUCUGAAUAUAAAUACUCAAACAAUGUAAUGAUGCGAUAAGAUGUGGUAUUAAUCUAGCUUCGUAAUUUUAAGAAUGUUUCCUACUUCCUUUCAACUUGACUUUAUCAAUGUCUAUACUUCCUCUGUCUCUCUUCUAGUACUGUACUGUAAAACUUUAAUUACUCUAUUUCUAUAACGUUUUUCCCAAUUUUCAAAUCUACUCUUUACUUUUCUCAAAUUAAAUGACACAGAAUUUCUACGUCUCCUACUAGUAUUUCCACUUAUUAUCUCCGACUGUACCUGUACAUCUAUUACAUAUACUAUUAAAAAUUUAAAUAUAAAGUAUUGCAAAACAAAAUAAUUGUCAAAAAAAAAAGAAAAUAAACUCAAUUAAAAAACUAAAAA